UAUAUGUAUUAACUGCCCGUGUAUUAAUUCCCUAUUUGAUCCCUCCCCCCUACCAUAUCCCGGCCACUACUCAGUCGGUAAGAACAAAGACCUACCUACCAAGGCGGGUCGAGUAUGUAAUUUACAUACCUAGGUACCCUCCCCCAUCAGGUAGUCCAAGCCCGAUCUUGACUUGACCUAGCAACAAAACAUUCACCUAAUUCUUGUCCAUUCACUUUGUGUGUUUGGCUUACCUCGGGCUACUACUACUUCUAGGACCUUGUGUGCCCAAGUUGGUGUGUGGUGUGGUGUUCAGCUAUACCUACUUGGUAUUGUAUCCACAGGACUCACUCGAAUUUAUCACUACUACCCAUUCAUUUUCUUACUCUUGGCAAUCCUAUUUACAGCCUCAAAAGCUCCCAGCCUUUUUACCUUCUUACUGCUUCUCAUCACAUUACCUAAGUAUCCUUCGGGCAGGGCGCCUUCACCAUGUCCUCAAUAUUCGGACGUGUCGUCCUGCUCAUAGCUUGGAUCGCGACUCUUUUCGACAUCACCAAUGCCAAAGUCGUUAGAUAUGACUUCGCGAUAUCCUGGAUCAGGGCCAAUCCCGACGGCAGCCAUAGCAGGCCGACUAUUGGUAUAAACGGCAAAUUCCCCCCUCCCCCUAUCUUCGCCGAUGUUGGCGACAAUGUCAUCGUCGUUGCGAGGAACGAACUUGGAAACCAAUCGACCUCUCUCCACUUCCACGGCCUAUACAUGAAUGGUACCACACAUAUGGAUGGACCCUCUCAAGUUUCACAGUGCUCGAUUCCGCCCGGGUCGAAAAUGACAUAUAACUUUACCAUCAACCAAUCUGGCACAUAUUGGUAUCAUUCACACACUGAUGGGCAAUACCCUGAUGGACUCAGAGGAGCUUUCAUCAUCCAUGAUCCCAAGUUUCCCUUUCAAAACUAUUCGGGCUAUGAUAACGACGAGUACAUCUUGACCAUAUCGGAUUGGUAUCACGAUCAGAUGGCAGACCUUCUUCCCACCUUUAUUAACAAAGGUAACCCAACAGGGGCUGAGCCGGUCCCCAAUUCUGUCCUAUGGAAUGACACGUACAGUUUAAAUGUUAUCGUUAGGCGCGAUACCACUUACUUGUUCCGCGUGAUGAACAUAGGAGCAUUUGCUGGCCAGUACAUCUGGUUUGAAGGCCACAAUAUGACUAUCAUUGAAGUGGAUGGUGUUUAUACUCAGCCUACAGAAGUCGAGAUGAUUUACCUAUCUGCUGCCCAGCGCUGCAGUUUCUUCAUAAAGACUAAAGACAACGACGAUGCCAACUUUCCAUUCGUGGCUAGCAUGGACACCUCUUUAUUCGAUACUAUGCCAGACGAUUUAAAUUGGAACGCCACGGCAUGGUUGACAUACAACCUCCAAAAACCCUUCAAUGAUGCCGCUUUCCUUGACGAGUUGAAUAACUUCGAUGAUAUCACUCUCGUCCCUUAUGAUAACCAGACUCUUCUCAAGGAACCUACUAAAAACAUCGAACUCAAUGUUAUCAUGGACAACUUAGGUGAUGGAGCCAACUAUGCCUUCUUCGACAACAUCACAUACAAGGCUCCUAAAGUGCCCUCUCUCUACACGGCUCUAUCUGCUGGAGACUUGGCAACCAAUCCUACUGUCUAUGGAUCCUACACCCACUCUUUCGUUCUAGAGAAGGAUGAGGUAGUCCAAAUUGUGGUGAACAACUUGGAUACUGGACGCCACCCGUUCCAUCUCCACGGACACAAUUUCCAGGCUCUCUAUCGCUCGGAAGACUUAGCUGGAACUUUUGAAGACGCAAACCUUACAGAAGCGGACUAUCCUGAAAUACCUAUGCGUCGCGAUACGUUUGUAUUAUUCGACACUGGAUUUAUCGUACUAAGAUUCCGUGCGGAUAAUCCUGGUAUCUGGCUCUUCCACUGUCACAUCGAGUGGCACGUUUCAUCUGGUCUGAUCGCAACAAUGGUCGAAGCACCCCUCGAACUCCAAAAAACCAUCACGAUCCCAGAAGACCACCUAAAGGUUUGCGCAAACGCACACAUCGCCACAAGCGGCAACGCCGCUGCUAAUAUGAACUUCCUCGAUCUUACCGGGGAGCCUAAGUCCCCCGACCGCCUACCUGAUGGCUUCACAACCCGCGGAAAAGUCGCCCUGGCUUUCAGCGCGCUCAGCGGUAUCCUAGGUGUCCUAGUAGUAAUCUGGUACGGUCUCGCGCCCGACGACGCGGCUACAGCAUGGGCUGAGAACCACGCCGAGAUCCAGACCACGGAUUCUGCGGUAAGGUCCUCGGAGGCCACGGGCACGGAGCCUGAGGUCGUUACUGUAACUGCUGUUUCUGGAGGCGGUGGGGUGGCAAAGGCUUGAUACUAAACAGAAGCGAAAUCGAAUUUCGGUCAGGAAGAAAGCCAGCCCCAUAUGGGCGGAGCGAAAUAGACACAAAAUAGGUAUGAUGUAAUGUACGACGGUUAGGGAUACGAUAGGGGUAAUAUAAAAUUAAUGAGCGAUGAACUGAUUUCAUGUGGUGAUUAUGUACCUACACAUAACAGUCGAAUUGGG